AUGGACGAAUUUCUGUCAGUGCUCAUGCCGCCUGAGAGACCAAAAACUACGGAGGAAGUCCAGAAAACCCUUAGAGAAUUCAUGGAACUAGAAGAACUAAUCCGUAGCUCAGAAGCUAUAGUACCAAACGCAGAGCAGAUAAAAGAAGAUAAAAGAUUGUCAGACAGCGAAGAUCCUGAAGGUUAUCAAACACCUAAAUUCGACAAACUAC